CUCUCUCUCUCUCUCUCUCUCUCUGCCUCCAUUGUUGCCUUCCUCCUUAAAAUAGCCAUUUCGUCACCCAGAGAGGAACUUCUCUCUGCCAUGGGCCUUGUCGACAUGUCUAACCCACCCACUUCUCGUACCAAAGACUUCUUCGCCUCUCCUGCUCUCUCUCUCAGUCUUGCUGGAAUAUUCCGCAGCGCCAAUGCAGACGGGGUGGCCGAGGCUUCAGAGAUGGAGGUCGAGGAAGGGGAAGAGGGGAGUGGAGGAGAAAGAGGAAGAAGAGAAGGUACUGUUGAGAUUAGCAGCGAGAACUCAGGGCCCAUGAGAUCAAGAUCAGAUGAUGAGUUUGAAGGAGAAGGAGAACAUGAUGAUGAUGAUGAUGCUGCUGCAGGUGAUGACAAGAACAAGAAGAAGAAGAGAAAGAAAUAUCACAGACACACCGCCGAGCAAAUCAGAGAAAUGGAAGCUUUAUUUAAAGAGUCCCCACAUCCUGAUGAGAAACAAAGACAACAAUUAAGCAAGCAAUUAGGACUUGCCCCUAGACAAGUCAAGUUUUGGUUCCAAAAUCGCAGGACUCAAAUUAAGGCUAUACAAGAGAGGCAUGAGAACUCCUUAUUGAAAACAGAAAUGGAGAAGCUGCGAGAGGAAAAUAAGGCCAUGAGAGAGACCAUUAAUAAAGCUUGCUGCCCCAACUGUGGCAUGGCUACUACCAGCAGAGACUCUUCCUUAACAACUGAGGAACAGCAAUUACGUAUUGAGAAUGCCAAACUCAAAGCUGAGGUAGAAAAACUUCGAGCAGCUCUAGGAAAUUCUCCUUCAGGUGCAGCACCCUCUUGCUCGGCAGGAAAUGAGCAAGAGAACAGAAGUUCAUUAGAUUUUUACACUGGAAUUUUUGGGCUGGAGAAAUCGAGAAUUAUGGAGAUUGUUAAUCAAGCAAUGGAAGAGCUGAUGAAAAUGGCUACUGCAGGGGAGCCGCUUUGGAUUAGAAGCGUUGAGACAGGUCGUGAAAUUCUUAACUACGAUGAGUACAUGAAGGAGUUUGGAGUUGAAAAUCCAAGCAGUGGGAGACCAAAAAGGUCUAUUGAAGCAUCCAGAGAGACUGGAGUUGCUUUCGUGGAUCUUCCAAGACUAGUUCAGAUUUUCAAUGAUGCGAAUCAAUGGAAAGAGAUGUUUCCUUGCUUGAUCUCAAAGGCAGCUACAGUUGAUGUCAUCUCCAAUGGAGAAGGUCCUAAUAAAAAUGGAGCAGUACAGUUGAUGUUUGCAGAGGUGCAAAUGCUCACACCUAUGGUGCCCACCAGGGAAAUAUAUUUUGUCCGAUAUUGCAAGCAACUUAGUGCAGAGAAAUGGGCAAUUGUUGAUGUUUCUAUUGACAAAGUAGAAGAUAAUAUUGAUGCCUCACUUGUCAAAUGCAGAAAACGCCCCUCUGGCUGCAUAAUUGAGGACAAAUCAAAUGGUCAUUGCAAGGUGACAUGGGUAGAGCACUUGGAAUGCCAGAAAAGCCCAGUUCAUUCUAUGUACAGAACCAUUGUGAAUAGUGGUCUAGCUUUUGGUGCAAGGCAUUGGACAGCAACGUUGCAGCUCCAGUGUGAACGGAUUGUUUUCUACAUGGCAACCAAUGUUCCAACAAAGGAUUCUACUGGUGUUACAACCCUGGCUGGGAGGAAAAGCAUUCUGAAACUGGCACAUAGAAUGACGUGGAGCUUUUGCCGUGCCAUUGGAGCAUCAAGCUACCAUACAUGGAACAAAGUCACAAGCAAAACAGGAGAUGACAUAAGGUUUUCCUCCAGGAAGAACUUAAAUGACCCCAGUGAACCCAUUGGAGUGAUCUUGUGUGUAGUUUCUUCUGCUUGGUUGCCAGUGUCUCCUCCUGUCCUCUUCGAUUUCUUGCGAGAUGAAACACAUAGAAAUGAGUGGGAUAUCAUGUCAAAUGGAAGUCCAGUACAAUCCAUUGCAAACUUAGCCAAAGGACAAGAUAGAGGCAAUGCAGUAACUAUACAAACAAUGAAAUCAAAAGAGAAUCCUAUGUGGGUACUCCAAGAUUGCUGCACAAAUGCUUAUGAAUCCUUGGUAGUCUAUGCUCCUGUGGAUAUUAAUGGAAUGCAAUCUGUGAUUACUGGAUGUGAUUCAAGCAACAUAGCAGUAUUACCUUCAGGAUUUUCAAUUCUUCCUGAUGGACUCGAAUCAAGGCCCUUAGUGAUCACUUCUAGGCAAGAGGAGAAGGGCACAGAAGGAGGAUCUCUGUUGACAAUGGCUGUCCAAAUCAUAACUAGUACCUCCCCCACAGCCAAACUAACCACGGAAUCUGUGGAGUCUGUUAACACACUUAUAUCCUGCACAUUGCAAAAUAUUGGACAAGCUUGCAAUGUGAAGAUAGUUGAUCACCCUUAGCUUUGUUAGUUAGGCAGACAACUGAUUAAUUGUAAAAUUUAUACGUUACUAGGUUGGUUUUAUUUUCUUAUUUAUUUAUUUUAUUUUUUUUCCCCUCUAGAGUUUACAAUUUUUUUUAUAGAGGGAUGCUUUUAUAUGGGUUUGCCUUAUUGCUUGUGGUUGGAGUGAAGGGCUUGGAGAUAUAUGCAUUUCCCUAGUUCAGCAUUCUGGAGGAUUUGGAAGAGUGAAAUAUUCUCAUGUAUAGAAAGAAUAUUUAUCAGUGCCAUUUUGUGGUUGUUUCA